UUAAUUCAUAACAAAAUAUAUUUACUCACUUUUUACUUAUAUUAUAGUCGAUAUUUAUAUACUGAAACUAAAUUUUGAGACGCGUAAGAAUGUGGGAGCAAUUGGAGAGCUACCGCAAUCACUUUAUACAAAAAGAUUUUAAAACGCUUAUAAAACCGUCCACCAUCAACCAACAACAACAGCAAGAAUGGAAAACUUUUUAUGAGAAGCGUGACUAUUGCAAGCCAUGCAAUCAACGCUGUCCUGGCAGCUCCACUUACUUUGAUGAUCGCGCACAGUUGGCUUACGGUUGGUUUGCCUUGCCCAAGCUGAUGAAGGAAAUGAAUAGCGAUGUUAGUCUUACGCAUUGGCGUGCUAUUGUUUCGUUGUCUGAAUUUUUGUUAAAUCCGUUAAAUGUACAGAGAGCUAUACUAGAGAUGGAUAUAGUUAGAAAAGUGAAGAAUGCGUUUAUGCGCAUGCGCUUGAAGCAUCGUAAGGAACAGUAUAAUGAAGUGGAGACUUAUCUAAGGAUCUUUAACAUUAUUUCACGCAAUUUGGAUGGUGCUGAGCACAUUGCUAAUCGCAAAUGUUUAAUGGUUGAGUUUUAUAAAAUUCUUCAGAAACAGGAGCCCUUAAAGGAGCAUAUGGCUGCGGAGAUUUUGCGCAAUUUAACAGGCAAGCCAAAGGUGCUGGGCAUUAUUUUGGCUGAUGACGAGAACUUUGCAUCUGUGGCCAAGAUCUUCAAGCAGGAUCCCUGCCAGCGUUUGUAUUCUACGCAUUUGUGGCAUCAUCUCUGCGAUAUAUUGGAGGUAGCACCCGAGCAGGGCAUAGAGCUGGGUCUCUUUGAGUUGCUACACUCGCGCAUAUUUAAUCGCUUGCCAAAGUUUUGGGAUAUGACAGCCAAAGCUUUUGCGCUGUUACUGCGCUGCGAGGAGGGUCAGCGCCGCUUUGACGAAGUGGACGCCAUCAAGAUGAUCUACGAUAUAUUUGAGGAAUCCUACAUUAAGCCAACGAGAAAACUGCCACUGCAGCAGGUGGAGAACUAUGAGUAUGUGCUACUUAUGCUUCUCAAUGGAUUGCACAGCAAGAAGGCGCUCUGGCGCAGUCGUGAGUUCACUAUGCUAACCUGCCAUGUGGCUCGCUUAUGCGUGGGACGCAUGAAGACGCCGUUAAAUCCACGUCUGCAACUCUAUUGCCUCAAGGCGUUGAGAGAGCUAGCCGUAAUGCCCUGCACCAAGCGUUAUAUGAUUGACAAUUGGCUGACGGAGAUACAGGAGCAGGAGACACUCGAUGCGGAUACGGAAUGUGCGCGAGAUGGACUUGUCGACUGGUUGCGUCGUGAUAUAGCCGACAGCAGUUAAAAAGCAAU